AGGAAAGAGAGGACGAGCAUUGACACCGAGAUCAAGCGCUUCAUUGCUAAAAAAGCCGAUCUGCUUUUUGCUCACUCGUGGAAACCCAACGGGCCCAUCUCGGACACGAUUGAGGAAGAUGAAGAGUGUUACGCCGUCAUGCCGCCCCUGGAGCAGUUCAUGGACGUUCCCAGGGAAGCGAGGAGGGAGCUGUUUUUUCGCGACAUCGAACGCGGCGAUAUCGUGAUUGGGAGGAUUACUUCUAUUCGUGAAUUUGGCUUUUUUAUGGUGUUGAUUUGCCUGGGAAGUGGUGUCAUACGGCAGAUUUCAGAUUUGGAAAUCAGCGCUCUGUGUCCUUUGAGAGAUGUUCCUCCUCAAAGCAACCAUGGAGAUCCUUUAUCUUAUUAUCAAUCUGGAGACCUUAUUCGAGGUGCAGUCAAGGACAUCGAUCGUUACCAUGAGAAGCUCACAGUGUCACUUUACAGCUCAGCUCUUCCGCCCAGUCUUUCCAGUACAAAACUGGGUGUAAUUACCUCUGAUGACUUCCCACUGCACUAUAAGAGGAGCGUGGAAGUUGCUAACACAGGAGAGACAUUUGAAGAGGUUUUGCAUCGUUCCCCAGGAUUCGCUAAUCCAUCACUAGUUGAGUAUUUGGCAGAGAAACUGGGACUCAGUGAAUCGAAUCCCCCGUCUUUGAUGAGAAGUCUCCAAAUUAAAAAUUUCAAUGAAGAAGAUUUUGCCCCUGCAUUGAGGAAAAAGCAGUCUGAGUCUUGGGCCUUGAAAUGUGUGAAGGCUGGGGUUGAUUAUUUUAAGGUUGGGCGCCAUGUGGAAGCCAUGAAUGAGUACAACAAGGCUUUGGAAAUCGAUCCACAGAACGUCGAAGCCUUGGUGGCACGUGGAGCUCUGUAUGCAACAAAAGGAAGUCUGAACAAAGCCAUAGAUGAUUUUGAAAUUGCUUUGGAAAACUGUCCUACUCAUAGAAAUGCCAGAAAAUACCUCUGUCAGACACUUGUGGAACGAGGCGGGCAGUUAGAAGAGGAAGACAAACUGCUAAAUGCUGAGAAUUACUAUAAAAAAGCUUUAAGUUUGGAUGAGACUUUUCAGGAAGCAGAAGAGGCCCUAACGAAACUCCGUAAGCAUAUGCAGAAAUCUUUGGAAAUGAGGGAGAAACAAGCUGCCAAAGAAGAGAGACAGAAAGAAAAGAAAGUAGAAACAAGUGCGCAAAAAUUGCGUAAGCUCUUAAAAGAAGAAAAAAGGUUGAAGAAGAAAAGGAAAGUAUCAACUUCCUCCUCCUCCUCCACCUCCUCUUCCUCGUCAUCAUCAAGUGAUUCUUCAUCAGACGUAUCAGUUUCUUCUUCCUCCUCCUCUGAUCACAAGAAACGUAGGAAAAAGCGUCGCAAUAGGUCUGAGUCUGCCCACAGCUCCAAAAAAGGCUCAUCUAGAGCUCCUUCCCAUUAUAAAGAUCAGAUCAGGAAAGAGGAGUGGUAUUCGCCUCCAGCUGAUACCUCUGCUUCCUUUCUUAACCAAAAUUUUGAAGUGGAAAAACUGCUGGAAAGGCAGGACAGCUUAGUGUGUCCAAAAACAGAGGUAAAGGAGAAAGACAGACACUGUUCUGUUUCGAGGACUUCAGGUGAUGGUGAAGACAUUUUUGGAGGUAGGUCUGAAGAUUCGAGAGAUUCUUAUUGUAGCUCCAGAACUCUGCCCAGCAGUAGCAAAAGUGAAAAAUAUGGGAGACCAGACAGAUUUUUCUCUAGUUGGAGGGGUUCUUACGGUUCAUACCAUAGGUCAGAUAAACCCAGGAUGCAUUAUUUUAGGAGGGCAGAAAGGGAUGUAGAGGGGAGAAAAGAGCACUUUAAGAGAUAUGGCUCGGGUCCAGACAGGUAUUACAUGUCUCCGUCAGGGUCUGACUAUUCUGGCAAGUCGAUAGGGAAGUACAGAUCAUAUUCUAGCACCUGCUUCCGAGAAGGUGACAGAAGUUACGAUAGUGAUAAGCACGCCUCAAGUCAGCACAGAGGUGAAAGCGAGUGUAGGAACAGGAGAACUUCUGAGGAGUCUGAUGAAGCCAAGGAACCAGACGAGGAAGUGUCCGUAGGUGACACAGCACAAACGGAAGGUGGAGAUAAAAGAAACUUGCCCCAGAACUUAGUGAACAUAUUCAAUCAAAUAGCGAAGUUCGAGAGGGAAAAAGGAAGUAAGCAGAAGAAACAGUAA